AUGUGCACAACAACAGAAACAACAGCAGUGGCAUCCGGCUCCGGGUCCGUCUCCUUCUCCAGCUGUGGCCAUGCAUCAAGUGACCUCAUCGGAGAUGGGGCAUCAAGUCCAAGUCCUGACUGCAGCAGCAGGAGCAGGAGGAGGAACAACUCCUGGCACCAAGGACAACGCUUAAACUUGCGCAUAUUUAAACUUUUGAUUAGCUGCUGCGUUUUAAUGCUUAGCAUUUACACAAAUGCCUGGCAUUUGUCCAUCAGCCCCGGUUCAGGAUCCGGCUGGGUCAUGGCCGGCAGUAUCAAGGGACGCGGCGAUGCCCAUCGCCUGGAUGAGAUGGGCUCCAUGUCGCACAUAUCCUCAUCUUCAACUGCCACCGGACUGUCGUCAGCCUGGCUCACCCAGAGUAAUAAUCAUGCAAAUAUAUCCGAAUUGUUGGAUAAUCUACUGCGUGGCUAUGACAAUAGCAUAAGACCGGACUUUGGUGGACCACCAGCUACUGUGGAAGUUGAUAUAAUGGUCCGCAGCAUGGGUCCCAUAUCAGAGGUAGAUAUGACCUACUCGAUGGACUGUUAUUUUCGGCAAUCCUGGGUGGAUAAACGUCUCGCAUUCGAGGGUGCCCAGGACACGCUGGCAUUGAGCGUCUCGAUGCUGGCGCGGAUUUGGAAGCCGGAUACGUAUUUUUACAAUGGCAAGCAGAGCUAUUUACACACGAUUACCACGCCAAAUAAGUUUGUGCGGAUCUAUCAGAAUGGACGCGUACUAUAUUCCAGCCGUCUGACAAUUAAAGCCGGCUGCCCCAUGAAUCUCGCCGAUUUUCCCAUGGACAUACAAAAGUGUCCCCUGAAGUUCGGUUCAUUUGGCUACACCACGUCCGAUGUCAUCUAUCGCUGGAACAAAGAACGACCUGCCGUUGCCAUAGCCGAGGACAUGAAGUUGUCGCAAUUCGAUUUGGUUGAUUGUCCUGCUGGCAAUUUGACGGACAUCGUGUACAAGGCGGCGGCACCGACACCACAGCGUCGACCGUAUAACAACAAGGAUCUGCCCUAUGUUGGGGGUCGUCCGAGGCCCACCAGCAAAGUGCUGACCACGUUUGCCGGUCCGGCGGCCAAAAAUCAGCAUGUCCGUGGCACAGGACUAAAGUUGGAUAAAGGUGCCUUCGGCACUGGACGGGAUACGGCCGGUGGGGCAGUAUCCACCACAAAUCUGGCCGGCAGCAUCACCCUGGAGACCAACCAUCCAUCGGAAUACUCCAUGCUGAUGGUAAAUUUCCACCUGCAGCGUCACAUGGGCAACUUUCUUAUCCAGGUAUACGGUCCCUGCUGCCUGCUGGUUGUCCUCAGUUGGGUCUCCUUCUGGCUGAACCGCGAGGCCACCGCGGACCGAGUUUCCCUUGGGAUUACCACCGUGCUGACGAUGACCUUCCUUGGCCUGGAGGCACGAACCGAUCUGCCCAAGGUUUCGUAUCCCACGGCCCUGGAUUUCUUUGUGUUCCUCUCGUUUGCCUUCAUCUUUGCCACAAUCCUACAGUUUGCCGUGGUGCACUAUUUUACCAAAUACGGAUCGGGAGAGUGCUACUUCAUCAUUGAGGAGCUAGAAUCGGAGUCCGGGGAGUCAGAGACAGAGCAGCAAUCAGACUUUCGGGAUAGCACCGAGUCCAAGAUCUACGAGGUCAUUCCGCUGUCCAUGUGUGCGAUCAGCAUGCCACCGCCUCACUCGGCCGGCAGCAGUCGCCUGGGCAUGCUUACCUCCAGGAAUCGGGCUCCUCGAAAUCGUCGCCAUGGUCUGUGGUCCCUGAAACUCCUGAGCUUCUUUGACUGGCGGCGGAGGAAAGGAAGACCGCCCCAUGUGGGUUACUCAUCGGACGAGGAGGAGGACAACGAGCAGACACAACUCAGAGCUCACGAGGUUCCAACCACAUCCGCUGCAGCGGCGGCGGCGGCGGCAGCUGCAGCUGCUCAGUCCAGUCCACCUCAUAUGGGCAGGCGAAGGAUGUCCUAUUAUCGCCGCGAGGAGAUGGAGGCCCGGCGAAAGGGGAAACGCACCCCGCAGUACAAUUCCGUGUCGAAGAUCGAUCGAGCAUCAAGGAUCGUCUUCCCGCUGCUGUUCUUCCUGAUCAAUGUGUUCUACUGGUACGGCUACCUGUCGCGGAGCUCACGCAUCCUGGCCAGCACGCCGGACGCGAGCACCUGAUGUUACCUUUUAGCAAUUUAGACAGAGUCCUCGAAGAAAUCAGUAAGCGAUCGCCGGCGGCGAGCAGUCAACUAAGAGCUGGAGGAAAAGCUGGAAGAUGUAUAAGGAUUGGGAUGGAACAAGCAGGAUAAGGAGGUUUUUUACUGUUCAGAUUCAGUUAUGCUCUUUUUCUGAUUUGCUACCAACACAACGACAAUGCUUAAUGGGAUUUCUUUGCGCGCUAAAUUGCUAAAGUACACAAAACAGAUUCAAAUCUAACAUAUCAGAGGACUUGCUAUAAUGGACACCUCCUGAGUAUAUAUAGAGCAUUAAUUUCUCUAUAUAAUGGGGGUGUCCUUUCUAAUUUGUACAGUUAGCCAAUAAGUUAAGUUGCUUUCUUGCGAGUUAAUGUUAAUUUUAAUGCUUGCACAUCGCUUAGUUGAGAAAUAUAUUUAGUUUGCUGCAAAAGGAAACUGGGAUCACGAACAAAUAGGAAAAAUUGUUAGGAAAAUGCCGUCUUUGCUGAUUAAUAAUUAGUCGAUAAGAAGAUACUUAAAUAAGUCACACAAAGCCCACAAAAAUAUAUUGUUAAAUGUUCAGCAAAUGUUAUUGAAGGUCAACGAUAACUUAAAUCCAUCCUGAGACCUUCAAAUGGUUAGUGAAGAAUCGCUUUUUAUCGUGGAUUUUAUUUAUUAA